AUGAGCAGAUUACUCUUACAUGAUUUUCAUUUUGUACCUAGGGAUCAAGAAACAGGAGAACCUCAGCUCUCAGACUGGUUUAAUCCUAAAAAACGUCCUGAUGUAAUAACAACAACCAACUGGCUUGCUCCAGUCAUAUGGGAAGGAACUUACAAUAGACCGGUCCUGCAAAAAUACUACAAAAGGCUGAAUAUCACCAUAGGCUUGGCUGUAAUAUGUGUUCCCAGAAAGUUUUCAAAUCAGAGCCUGACUGACUUCAUCCAGUCUGCAAACAAGCACUUCCUGUUUGGCUACAGUGUUGUCUUUUACUUCUUGCUGGAUAUCUUCUCCACCCUGCCUCCCAUAGCCUUAGGUCCCCUUCGAACAUUUAAAGUAUUUUUAAUGGUCAAAAGUGAUACAGGGAAAGAUUUUUAUUUCAUAUACAUGAAUAACUUUUUUGACUACAUCAUAACACACAUCCAGUAUGAAGUCAACUUCCUCUUCGUUAUGAAUGCAGACCAGGUCUUCAAGGAUGAUUUUGGAGUGGAAACCCUGGGAAAAUCUGUAGCUCAACUUAGUGCAUGGUGGUAUUUUAAAGAUGGUGACACUUUCCCUUAUGAGAGAAGACUUAAAUCAGCAGCUUUCAUCCCUUUUGAAGAGGGAGAUUUCUACUACCAUAGUGCAAUUUUUGGUGGCACAGUUGAGGAGGUUUUAAACCUCAUUAGAGAAUAUCAGAAAGGAGCUAUUCAAGACAUUAAAAAUCAACUUAGCAGCACAUAUGAACAUCACCUAAACAAAUAUCUUUUUAUCAAGAAACCGACUAAGUUAUUAUCACCAGAAUACAAUUGGGAUCCAAGUUUUAGAACCCCUCCACAAAUUAAAUGUGUCAAGAUAGCAUGGCAGUCAAAAAAUCAGGACCUGCCUGGGAAAGUGCACUUGGGCCCUGCAGGUAGCAUCAACAGGAUCAAACAGGAGCCCUGGGGGUGCCAGGCGGGCACGGUGAACCAGAAAGGCACUCUCCAGGCUCUGGAACCAAAGCCGAAGAAAGAGGAUCCCAAGGUGAAAGACACUCAUAAACAGGUCAAUGUUUCACCCAAAACACAGGAUUCUGUGGUUUCUGCCAAAGAAGGAAAAAAGAAACCAAAGGCAGAACCUUUAAUCCAGAGUGGGGCAGAUGGUGAUGUGUUUAAAGCCCAGACUCCUAACCAGGAAACCCAAGGAGCCCUGGAAGUCAGGGAGGCCCCAGAUGUGCACGUGGAGGUGCCUGUGGAAGAGGGGUGGGCAUUCGGUGGGGCAGCCAAAGGUAAAAGCACAGAGCAGAUGCCAUCCUGGGUGUUAAGAAACCUCUGUGGGAAAAAGGGUGGCUUUCGUCUCUGCCCGUACGAGUGUCAGGAGGUCACAGGGCUUCAUGAGCUCUUUGCAGCUUGGAAGGACUGUGACGCAGGUUGA